AUGGCUCUUGCCUACUUUUCUCGGCUCAUAUCAUGUCUAUCUCUGUCGUUUCUGUCUCUUUUCGCGUUCCAUUCGUCUCUUUUUGUCUUGCAUUCCCUAUCUCUUGUACCCAUCUUUGCUUUUGAAGAAUUCACCUGCUUCCGAUUAAAGCGAUAUAACAGAGAAAAAGUCUUCCUUCUCCAGGACAAGUUUAUUUGUUUAUUCUUCCUUGUUAUCUGCAGCCGUGACAGCUAUGCUUUUCUGUCUGCCACCCUCUUUCUCUCUGUACAUAUCUACGUCCCUAUCUACUUACCCAUCAUAAUUAAUAAUUCUUUUCACCGUUUCUCUUCGCAUUCAUAUUACACCCGAGUUUUAAACAUUCAGCAAGAGCAGACUUUGGUGGCUGAGAGUGUCACGUCUUUACCUGUGACGUCUGUGGUCGGGUUUGGUACUUGUACUUCUUGCGGCAUUCACUCGGGAUUACUUGAGCAGGCUCCUCGCUAUCCAUUACACCACCGUGCCUCCAUCACUCCACUGUACCUCCAUUACUCCACCGUGCCUCCAUCACUCCACCGUGCCUCCAUUACUCCACCGUACCUCCAUUACUCCACCGUUCAUCCAUUACUUCACCGUACCUCCAUUACUCCACUGUUCAUCCAUUACUCCACCGUGCCCCCAUUACUUCACCGUGCCUCCAUUACCCAUCCGUACCUCCACUACUCCACCGUGCCUCCAUGGUCGGUUUUGGAAGUCAAGACAAGAAUUUUUGAAUACUGA